AUGAAGCCUGUUGGCUCAUCUGUGUUUCCAUUUGCCUUCGCUCUCCUUCUCUCAUUUUCAUGGGCAACUUCAGCUCACACUCACGAAAACUUUCUUCAGUGCCUGACACUUGGUUCUGGAAACUCCAGCACAAUUUCUGAAGUCAUUUACACUCCAUCCAACUCCUCAUAUUCAUCUGUCUUACAAUUCUCCAUACAAAACCCCAGAUUCUCGACACCCGCCACCCCAAAACCUCUUGUAAUUGUUACACCAUCGCAUGUCUCCCACAUCCAAGCCGCCAUCAAUUGUUCCCGAACACAUGGCAUGCAAGUAAGAGUUCGAAGCGGCGGCCACGAUUAUGAGGGUCUUUCUUAUGUUUCAGAUGUGCCGUUUGUUUUAAUUGAUCUGAUUGAUCUUCGAUCCGUCAGUGUUGAUGCAAAGAAUAGCACGGCGUGGGUUCAAUCUGGUGCAACAAUCGGUGAAGUUUAUUAUAGGAUCGCCGAGAAAAAUAGAACUCUUGGCUUUCCGGGAGGAAUUGCCACGACUCUGGGCGUUGGUGGACACUUUAGCGGCGGAGGGUACGGCACGAUGUUGCGCAAAUAUGGUCUUGCUGCUGACAAUAUUAUUGAUGCGCAAUUGGUUGAUGUUAAGGGUAGAAUCCUGGACAGAGGAUCCAUGGGAGAGGAUCUGUUUUGGGCGAUUCGAGGAGGAGGAGGGGGAAGCUUUGGAAUCAUUCUAGCAUGGAAAAUAAAAUUGGUUCAUGUUCCAUCAACUGUGACUGUUUUCACAGUUAGCCGGAACUUAGAACAAAAUGCCACCAAGCUAGUUCAUCGUUGGCAAUAUGUUGCAGCCAAGCUUCAUGAAGACUUGUUCAUCCGCGUCAACUUAACAAGUGUAAAUUCCAGCCAAGAAGGGAAGAGGACCAUCCAAGCUUCAUUCAAUUCCUUGUAUCUUGGAAGGAUUGAUAAGCUCCUUCCAAUGAUGCAACAGAGCUUCCCUGAGCUGGGUCUGAUGAGAGAAGAUUGUAUUGAAAAAAGUUGGAUUGAAUCUAUCCUCUACUUUGAAGGAUUCCCAAGUGGCGAAUCCUUGAAUGUUUUGCUCAAGAGGACUCUUCUCAUAGGAGCCCCAUUUAAAGCAAAAUCUGACUAUGUCCAGGAACCUAUUCCAGAACUUGGGUUGGAAGGGAUCUGGAAAAGGUUUUCCGAGAAAGAGGCAGAAUCAGCUUUAAUACUUCUGACUCCAUAUGGGGGCAGAAUGAGUGAAAUCGCGGAAUCUGCAACUCCUUUCCCACAUAGAGCUGGUACUAUCUACAAAAUCCAAUACGUAGUGUACUGGGAAGAAGAAGAAACUGCGGCAUCCAAAAGGCAUAUAAGUUGGAUCAGAAGGCUUUACAGCUACAUGGCUCCCUACGUUUCGAAAUCUCCAAGAGGUGCAUAUGUGAAUUACAGAGACCUUGACAUUGGAACAAAUGGUAAAGGCAACACAAGCUAUAGACGGGCUAGGAUAUGGGGUAAUAAGUAUUUCAAGAGCAACUUUGACAGGUUAGUGCAUGUGAAGACUGUAGUUGAUCCUGCUAAUUUCUUUAAAAAUAAACAAAGCAUCCCUCCUUUUUCAUCCGGGUGGAAGAAGAGAGGUGCUUAGUGUUAAGGAUAAAAUCCCAUCAGUCAAGGUGAUUAAAAGGCCAUGAUUCAGGCUGACUGACAGCCCAACUAACAGCCAGGAUUCACGCCCAAACAGCUCUCCAUGCUUCCUGUGACAAGCAACCCCUCAGCCAUAUAUAUUUUGCUUCUCUCCAGGAUU